GAUGUCUAUGGUCAGAGACGCGUGUAAAGUGCGAGCUGGGGAUCUCUCUCCUCCCCCUCUGGUGAUAUCCACGCGUGUGCGUGUUUUUGCAGCAGGUUUCCGUCGCACGCAAACUUUGCUUUUUGCUUAAAGAAUUUUGCAUUAAAAUCAUCUCACCGUCCACAGCAAUGCCGCGGCGCAGUCAAAGAACCAAACCCGAACUGGAGCCUCCGCAGACAUCGGAACCGCCCACGGGAGCCGAGCUGGGACUGGAGCCGGAGGGAACAGCGACCCGAAGCAGGACUGCCCGCCGCAGCCGGGUCACGGUGCCGGAACCGGGGCAAACUCCCACCGCCAGUAAAACACGCAGCCGAAAAUCGGUGCACGUUUUUGAGACUGCUGCUGGCGGAGCGGAACCGGUUAUUGAAACCGAAGAGGAGUCGGGUUCAAACGGGACGAUUCGGCCAGCAGAGACGGUAGAUGCUACCGAGGGGCUAAAAACGGAUUUGAGAAAGAUCAAAGUGAGCGAAAUAAAGUCGCCACAAACGGACUUAUCCGUGACGAAAGCUAGCCAGGACCCUCCUCCAACAAGCGAUGCUAAUAUUAAUAUUAAUAACGAGGCAGCCGAGCCAACCCCCGAACCGACAGCGGGUACUGACACCGGCGAGGUGCAUGGUCCCGGACAAGGCGUGACGAGUGAGAAAGAGAACGUCAGCGGCGUGCCAGCCAAGAGAAUAAAGUUGGACGGUAAACGCCCGACUGGAUCCGAACCGAACCGGCUACUGUUGGUUCCGUUAGGGAAACCCAAAUCUGGAAGAAUCUGGAAAGAGCGUCACAAAAAAAGGUUUUCGAACAUGGUCAGCGACAAGCCGCUGAAAACUUCCUGGGAGAAAAAAAUGAAGGCAAAGGAGGAGAAGAAACUGACCAAGGAUUUAGCCAAUCAGCUGAAGGAAGACAAGGCCAAAGAGAAGGAGGACAAGAGAAAACGAAGGGAGGAGAAUCUCAAAAGAAAGCAAGAGAAUGAAAGGAAGUCGGAAAUUGUUCAAGUGAUCCGAAACCCGGCCAAGAUGAAACGCAUGAAGAGGAAGCAGCUGCGACGGAUCGAAAAACGAGACACCCUCGCCCUCCUCCAGAAAAACAAGAACAAAGCGGAACCCGGGAGCGGCCGGCCCAGAGUGCCGGGGAAGGCUAAGACCGGCGCGCCGGAGCACGCGGACUGACCCCCCACCCCCCAGGUGUUGCUAGGAGACGACGGAACCAUUCCAUUCCCGGGAGAUGGUUUUUCAGUUGGGUUGGCGACUCUCUCGUUCCCUCUGUCUAUGUCUCUUGUCUCAAGUCUUUUUCUUCUCUUUGUCUGUCUCUUAGUCUCUCUGUCAUGUUUACAUGUAGCGCGUCUCUCUCAUUAUAUUAUCAACAACAGAGAAAGACAAGGAGAGGUGAUUCUUUUUAUUGCAAGUGUUCCAUUGAAGUGUUCCAGGAGGGAGUCGUGGAAAUGAAUCUUCUUCAGUCAGAGACCCCGAACCCCGCGGCUUGUUCAUCUGAUAAGGGACUCGGUCAGAUCUGUGUGCGUUUUCUUAAUAAAGUUGUGCGUGGUUGAUAAA